ACCAACUGCGCAGGCGUAAACCACGUACCCGAUCUCUCGCAGCAUCGCGCUGUUUUGGCCCUAUGCUAGCUGUUGCCUGAUCAGUGGUGUGUGUCAAGUCAUACAUACUGGGCUUUGAUUGGGAAGGCAUAGCCGUGGAGAAAGAAAAGGGGGCACCCUAGACACCCCGCGACGAAAUGGCCGGGCAACAGUUUCAGUACGAUGACAGCGGCAACACAUUUUUCUACUUUCUAACGUCCUUUGUUGGACUCAUCGUUAUCCCAGCCACAUAUUACCUCUGGCCCCGAGAUCAGAAUGCUGAACAGCUGCGUCUGAAGAGCCUGCGGAAGGUGCAUGGACGGUGUCUGUGGUACUGCCUCCGCUUGAUGAAGUCUCAGCAGAGCAUCAUUCCCACACUGAAGAAAGCAGCCCUAUUGUUUGGCUGGGCUGUGUUUCUGCUGCUGGCCUACAAAGUGUCCAAGCUGGACCGAGAGUACCAGGAGUAUAACCCUUAUGAAGUCCUCGGCCUGGACCAGGGAGCGUCUGUAUCAGAGAUUAAGAAGCAGUACCGUCUGCUGUCCCUGAAGUUCCAUCCCGAUAAAGGAGGAGAUGAAGACUUGUUCAUGAGGAUCGCCAAAGCACACUCCGCGCUGACCAAUGACGAGUCAAGACAGAACUGGGAGACCUACGGCAACCCAGAUGGGCCAAAAGCCACUAGUUUUGGCAUCGCUCUGCCUGCGUGGAUCGUAGACUCCAAGAACUCCAUGCUGGUAUUGCUGGUCUAUGGUCUAGCCUUCAUGGUCAUCCUGCCGGUUGUUGUGGGUACGUGGUGGUAUCGGUCUAUACGUUACAGUGGCGACCAGAUUCUAAUCAACACGACACAACUCUUCAUGCACUUUAUGUACAAGACGCCCAACAUGAACAUGAAACGGUUAUCCAUGGUGUUGACGGCUGCGUUUGAGUUUGACCCCCGCAGCAACAAAGAGGCCACCAUACGACCCACGGACAACAUCCAAGUACCACAGCUGAUCCGUGAGUUGGGGAACAUCAAUGUGAAGAAGAAGGAGCCUCCAUUCUGCUACCCAUACAGCCUUAAGGCCCGGGUACUGGUGUUGGCUCACCUGGCACGCAUGGAGGUCUCGGACGACAUCGAAGAGGACCAGAGGUUUGUGGUGAGGAAGAGUCCAGCUCUGCUCCAGGAGAUGGUCAAUGUGGGCUGUCAACUCACCAUGAUGGCCAACAGCAGAGGAGGGUUCCAUGCCCCCAGGUUGGUGUCGAUAGAGAACUGUAUGAAACUGACCCAGAUGAUCGUCCAGGGUCUGCAGGAGUCCAAGUCUCCUCUGCUGCAGCUUCCUCACUUUGAAGAGGAGCACCUCCGCUACUGUGUCUCCAAGAAGUACAAGGUGCGUAGCCUGCAGGACCUGGUCAGCCUGAAGGACUCGGACCGUCGGAGCAUGCUCCGUUUCCUUGGCGAGGAGAAGUAUGACGAGGUCAUGGCCGUACUCGCCAGCUUCCCGUCCAUCACCAUGGAUACCAAGCUGCAGGUCCUGGAUGAUGAAGACAGCAAUAACAUCACAGCUGGAUCCAUCGUCACAGUUACGGUCACCCUGACCAGGAAGAGGAUGGCGGAGGUGUUUGAGAAGGAGCAGAAUGUGACACCGUGUCUCGGAGUCGGAGAGGAAGCCAGUACAGAGGAUGCUGUCGCGGGAGACGCCAGUAAAACCAGAGCCAAGGUGUGGCAGAACAAGACGAAAGCAGCCAAGAAAACCAAGCAGUCCAAGAAGAAGAAACUCACCAAGAAGAAGCCCCUCCCACUACCAGCAGCCAAGGCCAAACAGGCCAAUGGGAGUGCGUCAGGAAGUGAGGUGGUUGCCGUGGCGAAGGAAGACGAGGAGGACAGGUCAGACAAAGGCAGCGAAUCAGAGGAGGGUAACAAAGAUUCUCCGAGCGAGAGAGAUGAGGAGAGUGACAAGCAGAGCGACACGGAGCAGGAUGAGAUCGCCGGGGACGACGAGGAGGAGUGGGAGGCUCUGCAGCAGAGUGUCCAGCGAAGGGAGAGGGCGCUGUUGGAGACCAAGUCCAAGGUGACCCACCCCGUCUACAGCCUGUACUACCCAGAGGAGAAACAUGAGUGGUGGUGGCUCUACAUCGCUGACCGCAAGGACCAGACUCUCGUCUCCAUGCCAUACCACGUCUGCACACUCAAAGACACAGAGGAGGUGGAGCUGAAGUUUCCAGCUCCCUCUAAAACGGGGAACUACCAGUACUCUGUUAUCCUCCGCUCAGACUCUUACCUGGGUCUGGACCAGAUCAGACCCCUCAAGCUGGAGGUGCACGAGGCCAAGGCGGUGUUGGACAACCACCCCCAGUGGGACAUCCCAGAAACAGAGGAGGAAGACGAGGAACAGGAGGACAGUGACGGGAUCGAGGAGAGCGAAGAGGAGGAUGAAGACAACGACUAAACACACACAUACACACACAACCACCCAGGGCAGUUUGUACACACACACCCCCAUACUGACAUGGACUGUGGACCUCCCUAUGGCCCCGCCCCUCACAUCCUUUUCUACAGGGACCUAGACUGGGUCCUGACUCUGAUGUUCACUUUCACAGGACAACUGUCAAUAUAUAUAUCCAGCCCUGUGUGUCUGUCUGAAUGAGUGUGUGUCUGUGUGUCUGAAUGAGUGUGUGUGUGUGUGUGUCUGAAUGUGUGUGUGUGUGUGUCUGAAUGAGUGUGUGUGUGUCUGAAUGAGUGUGUGUGUGUGUCUGAAUGAGUGUGUGUGUGUCUGAAUGAGUGUGUGUGUGUGUCUGAAUGUGUGUGUGUGUGUGUGUGUCUGAAUGUGUGUGUGUGUGUGUCUGAAUGUGUGUGUGUGUGUGUCUGAAUGUGUGUGUGUGUGUCUGAAUGUGUGUGUGUCUGUGUCUGAAUGAGUGUGUGUGUGUGUGUCUGAAUGUGUGUGUGUCUAAAUGAGUGUGUGUCUGUCUGAAUGAGUGUGUGUCUGUCUGAAUGAGUGUGUGUCUGUGUCUAAAUGAGUGUGUGUCUGUCUGAAUGAGUGUGUGUCUGUCUGAAUGAGUGUGUGUGUGUGUCUGAAUGAGUGUGUGUCUGAAUGAGUGUGUGUCUGUGUGUUUGAUUAAGAGAGGGAGAGAGAGUGUGUGAGCGAGUGUGUGUGUGUGUGUGUGUGUGUGUGUGUGUGAGAGAGUGUGUGUGUGUUUCUUGUUACCGAGGCUCUGUGGUUCCCCAGGGUGUGUAAACAACUUCCCUUAUCAAAAUAAAUAUCAGAAAUGGACUCAACUGAAA